AUGAAGCACUACGUAAUGACGGGUUCUGAUGGGCGGGGCUUAUCGUGACGUAGCGGCUGUUGCGUUCUGUGGAGUAAGAAUUUGUUUGACAGGGCGUCAGAGAAGGGAGAAGAGAAGAGAGGAGGCGAGAGGAGAAGAGAGGAGGCGGCCGGCGGCAUGCGAGGCACAGAGACGAGCAUCCUCAGAGACUGAACCACUGUCACGUUUAAAAAACAAAACAAAUCUGCUCAUUUGUAAUCCUGUGCACUUCCUUCCAGCGUGAAGGGUCCAAAGGCGAGGAAUCUUUGUGGUGAAGCUCAGCAACAGGGCACAGUGCACAGUGCACGAUGCCGCGGAACACGGGGAGCUCCCGCCACUAGCACCGGUGACACCGGCGCCUCGCCGCUACUGCGGAAUAAAGCGAAAUGCGGAUGGUGAGAGGAGGAACAAGUGGAAGAGAAGACAAACCAUGUAGCUUCCCCGCCGCGUCCCGCACUCUUCACAGAACCGGAGCAGAAAACAGAUAGCUAGCUAGGCUAACCGGCUGUAAAUUGGCGUCCUACAUGCAAAGUUGCCCCGCGGCCACAGCAAGUAGCCUGUUAGACAAAAGGAACUGCUUUUUUUUUUAAAAAAAUAUAUUUUUACAACGGGUGCCAAAGAAUACAGAAGAGUCAAGUAUGUUACGGAGAAGGCUAAAUCGUCUGUUCGGUGGCGAUGAGAAAAGAGUGGACAGCAGGACCGUUUACGUAGGACAUCGCACGUGUCCGGCCACCGAGGCCUUCAUCCCUCCUAAAUUCUGUGACAACAGGAUAGUGUCUUCCAAGUACACAAUCUGGAACUUCCUGCCAAAGAACCUGUUUGAGCAGUUCAGAAGAAUCGCCAAUUUUUACUUCCUUAUUAUCUUUCUGGUGCAGGUCAUUGUGGACACCCCAACCAGCCCUGUGACGAGUGGCUUACCACUGUUUUUCGUGAUAACGGUGACUGCUAUCAAACAGGGUUAUGAGGAUUGGUUGCGGCACAAAGCAGACUACGAAGUGAAUAAGUACCAAGUGAGAGUGCUGGAGAACGGUCAGUCAGCGCGAAAGGAGAGCGAGAAGAUCAAGGUGGGUGAUAUAGUGGAGGUUGUGGAGGAUGAGACCUUUCCCUGUGACCUCAUUUUGCUGCAUUCCAGUCGAGAUGACGAUACUUGCUUCGUCACCACAGCCAGCCUGGACGGGGAGUCCAACCAUAAAACACAUUACACUGUGCCAGAUACCGAGAAGGAUUUGCAGUCGCUCGUUGCUACCAUUGAGUGUGAGCAGCCCCAGCCUGACCUCUACAAGUUUGUUGGACGGAUGCACAUUUACAAGCCCGAGCAGGAGUCGCCAGUAAGAUCUUUGGGUCCAGAGAACCUGCUUCUGAAAGGUGCAACCUUAAAAAACACCAAGAAGAUUUACGGUGUAGCGGUGUACACGGGCAUGGAGACAAAAAUGGCUCUCAACUACCAGGGCAAGUCGCAGAAGCGCUCAGCUGUAGAGAAGUCCAUCAAUGCUUUCCUGCUGGUCUAUCUGUCCAUCCUGGUCAGUAAAGCAGUGGUAUGCACCACGCUGAAGCACAUCUGGCAGAACCGAGAAGGACCUGACAGUGCCUGGUACAACCAGGAAACCCAGAAGGAGAAGGAUACUUAUUUGUAUCUGAAGAUGUUUACAGACUUCCUCUCCUUCAUGGUGCUCUUCAACUUCAUCAUCCCUGUAUCCAUGUACGUCACUGUGGAGAUGCAGAAGUUCCUGGGUUCCUUAUUUAUCAAAUGGGAUAAGGAUUUCUUUGACCCAGAGAUUCAGGAAGGAGCGCUGGUUAAUACCUCUGACCUCAACGAGGAGCUCGGUCAGGUGGAGUACGUUUUCACGGACAAGACGGGGACGCUGACCCAGAACAACAUGGAGUUUAUCGAGUGCUGUAUUGAUGGCUUCCAAUAUAAAAACACAGAGUCCAGGAGUGAGGUGGAUGGGUUCUGUGUGACAGAUGGGCCAAUGAACAUGCUGCAUCAGAAGGCUGGGCUUGAGAAGGAAGAGCUUUUCCUGCGGGCUCUGUGUCUGUGUCACACAGUGCAGGUGAAGGAGGCGGGGCCGGACGAGAUCGACACAGACCAAAUAGAUGGGCUGGAUGGAGGAUACACCGAGCAGGCCGAACAGACGGGAUACAUUGCGUCUUCCCCUGAUGAGGUCGCUUUAGUUAAAGGAGCCAUGACGCACGGGUUCACCUUCAUGGGUUUGGACAGUAAAACGAUGAAGAUAAAAAACAGGCAAAAUGAUGUCGAAGAAUACGAGUUGCUUCAUGUGCUCAACUUUGACCCUGUGCGGCGGAGAAUGAGCGUCAUAGUCCGGUCCAAGAUAGGUGAGACGCUGCUUUUUUGCAAAGGGGCAGAUUCCUCUAUCUUUCCGAGAGUUAGGCCAGAUGAGGUGGACAAAAUCCGCAGGCACGUUGAGCGCAACGCUACGGAGGGCUACAGGACCCUGUGUGUGGCCUAUAAGCAGCUGAGCCCAGAGGAGUAUGCUGCAGCAGACGCAAGUCUAAGGGAAGCUCGACUGGCUCUGCAGGACCGUGAGGACAAGCUCACGGCUGUGUAUAACCAGGUGGAGACUGGCAUGAGCCUGAUUGGAGCUACAGCAGUAGAGGACAGAUUGCAGGAGGAAGCUGCAGAGACAAUGGAAGCCCUACAUGGAGCUGGGAUGAAAGUGUGGGUUCUCACUGGAGACAAGAUGGAGACGGCAAAGUCCACAUGCUACGCCUGCCGCCUAUUCCAGAGCGGCACAGAGCUGCUGGAGCUGACCGUGCGCACGCUGGACGACGCAGAGAGGAGUCGAGAGGAAAGACUCCAUGAGCUCCUUCUGGAGUACCAUAAGAGGGCAGUGCAGGACGCAGCACCCAUCAAAGCUGGAAUCACCAGGAGUUGGUCCACGGCCAAUCAGGAGUAUGGCUUCAUCAUAGAUGGAGCCACACUGUCGUUAGUAAUGAACACAUCCCCUGAUGCAAACUCCAGCCGCUACAAGAGCCUCUUCCUGCAGAUCUGCCAGAACUGUACAGCUGUGCUCUGCUGCCGCAUGGCACCACUGCAAAAGGCGCAGAUAGUCAAAAUGGUGAAGAAUUCUAAAGGCUCUCCCAUCACCCUGUCCAUUGGAGACGGUGCCAAUGAUGUCAGUAUGAUCCUGGAGGCUCAUGUGGGCAUCGGUAUAAAGGGUAAAGAGGGGCGGCAAGCGGUUAGAAACAGUGACUAUGCCAUCCCUAAACUGAAACACUUAAAGAAGCUAUUGUUGGUGCAUGGCCACUUCUACUACGUCCGUAUCGCCCACCUCGUGCAGUACUUCUUCUACAAGAACCUCUGUUUCAUUUUACCUCAGUUCCUGUACCAGUUCUUCUGCGGUUGCUCUCAGCAGCCCCUGUAUGAUGCAGCCUAUCUGACGAUGUACAACAUCUGCUUUACCUCCAUGCCCAUCCUGGCAUACAGUCUGCUGGAGCAGCACAAAGCCAUUGAGGUCCUGCUACAUAACGCCACUCUCUACAAGGAGAUAGCAAAGAACGCUAUGUUACGUUGGGGUCCCUUCCUCUACUGGACCGUAUUGGGGAUUUUCCAGGGGCUUCUCUUCUUCUUUGGUGUCAAAUGUCUGUACACCAACCCAGCACUGCAGGACAACGGCCAGGUGUUUGGGAAUUGGUCCUAUGGAACAACCGUUUUUACAGUCCUUGUUUUUACCGUCACACUAAAGCUGGCCAUGGACACACGGCACUGGACGUGGAUCAACCAUUUUGUGAUCUGGGGCUCGCUGGCAUUCUAUGUGUUCUUCAGUUUCUUCUAUGGAGGCAUAAUCUGGCCAUUCCUGAGACAGCAACGGAUGUACUUUGUCUUCGCUAACAUGCUUAGCUCGGUGUCGGCCUGGCUGGUCAUCAUCCUCCUCAUCCUACUCAGUCUUCUUCCUGAAAUCCUUUUGGCAGUCCUGCGUAAGCCCAAAGGCCCGCGCACUCAACAGAAGAAGCCGUCUCUCUCGGGUGCGGGGGGCAGCCAGUCCUCCCAGUCUUCAGCCAGGCCUCUGCUCAUGAGAACCUUUUCAGACGAGUCCAAUACUGUCAUAUGAACAGAUCACCACCAUCACAGCAUUGUCCUACAAGCUUCUGAAAGAACGCUACUGAAGAACAUGGAAAAGCCUGGAGGGAAAGAACCGUGAGCUAUACUGGCUGCAUGUCCUCCUGCCUGGUCAAAAACUGAAAGAAAAUGGGAGCAACCAAAAGAGAACAAGAAUCAAACCAACAAAGCCUUCUCAUACCAGGCCUGGAUCCAGCAGUCUGGCAGCACUCCAGCUCUUAUUUCUCUCCUGUUCAUCCUUUACUCUUUCUUGUAUGACUUCACAUAUGCACACUGUGUCGCUGGUCCUCACAGCAUGUGCCACUUUUCGACCACGAUGUCCCAUGUCCCAUCCACCACGUCUGUCACCAGUGCCACAUUCCCACGCAGUCAUCCCAGCAGUUUUUUUUCUUCUCCUUCUUCCAGGUUUUAGUUUAGCUAGUGUCAGAUGUUCAAGAUUGUGGGAUUUCUCGAACAUGCUGUACUGAUGGUCCUGACCCUACUGGUUUACAAAUCUGCCUUUCAACAACACGCUGUGUGUCCACUUGAGUUAAGCGAGAGGUGUGCAUGUGUUUCCUGUUGUGUGUGUGUGUGGGGAGGGGGGGGGGGGGGUCAAGAAGCAUAUUCUAAAGUGUGUAAGCUCUUUCUUUAGUUCUCCAUUAUAAAUUUGGCUGCAGAUCAUCAUUUCUAAUGACGCAGGGAUCACUUGAGACAUGGGACUAUGGAUUACUACUUGUUAAUAUGUGGACGUGUAUUUCCGUCGAACGUUUCCUGGAAAACCAAAAAACAGUCUUCUGGUGUGCCUGCUGUCUGUAGCCAGCCCAGCACAUGGGAUGGUGUAUGAAUGUGGUUUUUUGUGAGACAGACCGAGGGGAACUUUUAAGCCAGCACAUAUUCGAACAGAGUGGCCAGAGCGUUCUCUCUGUAGCGGCACGGGGUUAGUUUCCACUCUUUUUAUUGUUCAAUUACAUAUCAUAGCAAUUGUCUUUGGCUCCUUUGUUCUACCCUUCCUACUUUGCGCUUCUUCAUACAUUCCAUACGUUCUUUGCGCCAUCGUUUCAGUCACUUUCUCGAUCAUUGUCAAUCCCCCCCCUUCGACUGUGUGAAUCAAGUUGACAUAUUUAUUGAAGUAGUUUUAGUCACAAAUGUUAUAUUUUUAUGGACGCAUAUCUUUUUAUCAUCAGGAACAGUAAGUUUAGCCUGUGUAAUCCACAUGCUGGGUUCGUUGGAUGUUUGAGAGCAGGGAUAGCUGUUCGAUCAGCGCUUCACACUUUUUCCUCAGUCGGUUGAAAGUUGGAACGGUGCAUGAGGUCAAAUCUCAAUACGCCCUUUAAUAGAUGCUGAAUGACUAUUUAUGUUUGUAUGUAUUUGCUAGUAGCCCAAAGUGGGCAUGGAGAACCAAUUUUGGCAUGGGGUUGUUUUUUAUUUUUUUGUUUUGUUUUUUUUGUUUGUUUGUUUUUUUGUUUUGUUUUUUUACAAAAAUUAGGUCAUGUUUUGAAACCAUUCAGAUCUAGAAGGCGUCGUGCCCCGUUGCAGCUUAACCCGAUUUAAACCAGCUUACAUGUGCAUUACUGUGAGAGCGGUGGCGCGUGUUAGACCUCUGACUGUGUCAUGAUGCCGAGCAUCUUAAGCCCAGAUUUCAGUUAGCCUAUGAGCACUUUCUAAUACUGUCAUUACUUGCUAUUUUCAGAAAAGAAUAUACGUGAAAGCUCUAUAUUGUAUUUUAAUUUCAUUUGAUUGAAAGAUUUAUUUGGAAAUGUCCGGGUUACACAGCCAUUUAGCUGUGACAUUCUGAGAUAAAGUCGUCUUAGUCUGAGUCACGGUGCAUGUGUGCACAGCGGACACAUACACCAGUUCCGUGUGUGUGUGGAGCUCAGAAUAGAGAUGGGUGAAUGGGACCUGCUUGCAAUGUUUCAAAUACCUUUAAAUGACAUCAGAGAUGCUAUUUUCACAGCUUAUAACUGUUUGAUUGUCAUACUUGCCUGAAAACAAGGGGAAAACAGUUGACUGUAUUUUUAAUGCACCCUUUUUUCUAAGCUAUUUAUUUUAUAAGAAAAUGGGUUUAAAAUGUACAAAAAACAGAAAGGUGUAAGACUGCCUGAGGGUUGAGCACUGUGGCAGUGUCAGGAUGUGGUGCUGAUUGGAGUCCAGCACAAACAAAGGCAGCCAUGUCCUCCGUGUCAGGACCCUCAGGCGCUGACCCUCUGAGCUGAAUGUACCUCUUUAACACCGGUCUGUUCCAAAUAUAUAUUAAAAAAAAAAAAAAUCUUUAUAUAAUAAAACUGUUUUGAAAUCAAA